AUGUAUUUCCACACUCUUUUCGCCUGUGCUACCCUCAUGCUCAUUACCACUGCUCAUGCGUCCCCAACUGUGAUAAAUUCACUCGAUAGUCGCAAAGCUGAUCUCAACGGAGACGUUGAGGCCAGGCAUGCCGCAGACUGGAGACGCGAUAGUGAUUGGAGACGCGAUAGUGACUGGAGGCGUGAUAGUGACUGGAGGCGCGAUAGUGAUUGA